CAGUGCGCGGCUUCGUGCAAACGGAACUUUUCGAGGCUGCACAGAGGCAGUGUGGCCAAUAGGGGCCGCAUAAGAAGUCGGGGAGGCGCGCGCUCGCGGGCGGGCGGGCGUCCGUAUAUAUGCAUUCACACAUUCCCGCCAAAUGCGCCAUUCCUGAAAAGUAGGGAAUUCCAGAGCUCGGCGUUGGAGCAGUAACACCGCGAACACAUCUUGUGCUCUCUUUGCGGAACCCGUCAAAGAUAUUUCGUUAGCCGCUUUUGUUGCACUGGAGUGUCGUCUGCCACCAACUCUUGGCUCCUGAUGGCUCAGCAGUUUCAAGUACUGAGAUGCUCCUUCUGUCAUGUUUUUCAAGUCCACCAGGUUAAAAAGAGCAAAAAAUGGAAUUGUAAAAUAUGUGAUGAAAAGCAGUCAGUACUGAAGGUUUUUGGCCAGGGUUCUGGAUCUGAUUGUAGGCACCAUGUACAAAAAUUAAACCUGCUGCUAGGAGAGAGGGAACAGGCACCUGUCAAUAUGCUCUGGCAUACUGAAGAACCAGAAGAGAGAGAUAACAAGAAGACAGUUGCUCAGCUGGAAGAACAGUUGGACUGGCAGGAAGAAAAGGUCAGCCGUUGGAAUAAAUAUCUGGGCAGAUGUGAGGAGGAAGAGAAAAUUUUGCAUACAGAAAAACAGAGCUGCUGUUAUCUGAAAAACAUAACAGAAGAUCCCAGGAAACAUAUGAAGACCAGCUUAGACAGUGUUGAUUCUCAGAGAACUGAAGAAAAUAGAGUUCCUGGAGUUGGAAAAAAUGUACCCAUUAAUAUUGCAUCCACACCCCUGCAGAAUGGAAUCUUGGAUAUUCACCAUGAAGGUUCCUUCUUCUCUGAGCACAAAAGAAAUUCAUUCAGUGAUACAGAAACCUGUGGAAAUGCUGCAAAUAAAAGUAUGGGAAAUUCUGCUGUUGAAGAACUUUUGGUACUUGGAAAAAAUGAAGAGACAGAGUUAAGAAAUGCUGUUCGUUCUAAUCAGAAGAAAUCUUUUUCAUCAGAGGCUUUUAAUAGGAGUCUAACUAAUACUAUGCUAGAGUAUGAGAUGCCAGAAGCCCAAAACUCUGCUGCUCCAGGUAAUGAAAUAAUAGCCAACUUCGUUGAUAGCCCCCCAGACUGUCAGCGUAUGCCACAGCAGACUGUCUCUGUUUUCCUAGAUAAAGUACAGAAGGAUAAUGAGCAUAUUGAAGCAGCCGGCAGACUAACCAAAAACUCCAAAGAUUCUUCAUCAUUCUCUAGCGCUAAUCUUCAAAAGAUGGUAUCAAAGAAAUCUACCUCCAUUUCUCCUGCUUUCUCUAGUGCAACAGGUCGCUAUAGUAGCCUCUUUUCUACUGAAGAUGAUUUUGAUGACUACCUUUGAAGAAUAUACAGGAAUUCUAAUUAUUAUGCAUGACCAUGAUUUGUUUCCUGUGGCCAUGUUUUAUUUAUUAUUAGCCUAUUUGCAAUGCCUAGAAGAACCUUAGUUCAAAAAGAAGGUAUGAUGUAAAAGCUAUGUUGUUUAUUCAAAACACGGGUGCAGGGGUAUAUUAGGUUGUGUUGCUGUUCUGUAGUGGAGGACUACUCCCAAUAACACAGCUUAUUUACACAUGAGGACCAUUAGCUAGUAUUGGUCUUCUCUGACAUUGCCAGUGCUUUAGAUUCCCUCCAACCCAUAAAAGCAUUUCCAACAGCAAAAAUUCAGUUUUGCCUUUCCCUUCCCACUACAGCCUGAGACGACAGGUAGCAAAUAAAAAUCAAAUGCAGUGUUUGCUUAUUGUUAGACAAAGGCAGAACAGUUAAAAGCAGUGGUUAUUGAGGUGUGUUCUCUAUCUCAGUUCAAUUUACACGGGCUUUUUGGUUUUCACUCAUCUUAUGCUUGGCCAUAGACCAAAAGAAAGCCUCUUCCUAAAAAAGUAUUCAACACAGCUCUGCAAAGAUACCUUUUGUAGGGUCUUUAUCCUAUAGCUUUCAUCCUUUAUCAGACUGGGUCUAUUGGCAGCUAUAUGAAGGUGACUAUCCAGGAAACGUAAAAGCUAUUUGAUAAAUCUCAGCACUCCAUAUCUAGUGAUAUCUGUUACAACUAAUUCUUCACAGCAAUAAAUUAUUUUCAUUCA